GUAUCGAAGAAUAGAAAAGAUUUUGUAGAGCACUAAUAGUUUCGUCCUUUGCGCCGGCAAAUGUGCACCGAGGUGUGCACGCGCUUUCCCGCUUAAUUGCUGGUGCUGCCAUUUUCUUUCAGGGAAGCACAACCGGUUUGUGUGUCACUGAGGAUUAUGUGUUUGGAUUUUAUAUCAUAUUCAAUACUCGACGUCCUUCAGUGUUUUUGCUACCAUGGAUGAAGCAGACGAGUUGUGCGGUUUGCUGUUUUUAUGGCUGGAAAAGAGGAAGCAGUGUGAAGAGAAGCUUUUGGAUUUGGCAAAGGAGUUGGAGGAUGUUCAUGAAAAAAGUACAGCUUUUCAAUUUGUAGGAUCUGCCACGUCCGUGAUUGCACUGACUACAGCAGGAGUCUUCACUGUACUGACAGGAGGUCUGGCCGCCCCUCUUCUUGCCACAACAGUGGGGACCAUAGCGGGAGCUGCUGUCGACAUCGCUUCCACAGCAAUAGAGGCAAUCAUCUCCGGCAGUACUAUGAAGGACGCUAAAAAUAUCAUGCAAGAAGAUGAGAAGAUUGUAAAGAACAUUCAGAAGGCAAUAGAAAAUCUGAAGAAGGAAUGUGGAGUUCAACAAAAUGGCGCUCAUGGAUCUUCAGAUGUAGAUUGUGAGAUGGCCACUCAAAUUAUGUCCGCAGUGGCAAGACGAAAUAAUGUAGAUGUUCCCUUGGAAUUUAUCAGAACAUUCACCAGGUCCUUGUUGUUUCAAAAUUCAGGUGGACUGAAUGCUACUAUUGCUGCCGCCAUUCCGGAAAUGUUGAUUUUAUCUGUUGUAGGAUUAUGUUUUCAAUUGGGCAUCACGGCAGGUGCUAAAGCUGUCAGAUGCUGUGGUGCAAAAGCUUUUGCAUUCAAUGGUGCAAAAGCUGCCGCAUCCUCUGGUGCAAAAGAUGCUACUAAAGUAGGUUUUAAGGCACUUGGUGCUAUUGGUUUCGGCAUCUCUCUGUACAGCUUGUAUUCGAGUUGUGAAGAAAUGAUAAACAACAAUCAGGGCACAAAGGCCAGCCAGGCUCUGCGAGCUGCAGCCAGGGAAAUACAGGAAGCCAGGGGAAACCUGGAAAAACCACUCGAUGCAAUGAAAAAAAUCACCCAAAAAAUAAGGAAACUGAAAAAUCGUAUCAAGAGCUUGCGGAAAUAUUCUCUGAGCAUGACCGAGACUGGACAGAAAAUCAUUAAUUGGAUCAUUCAAUCAUGUACGAAUGAUGAGGUCGUGUCCUGGCUGAAGACAUUACCUCAUCAGAUUCAGUUUCUAAACCUUCUUACAUUUUUCGUGUUAUAUUUGAAAUCCCUUCCAGAACGUUUGAUGAAUAACGCUGGAGGUCACAUAGACAUUGUGAUUGUGGCUCAUGGUGCAAUCACGAACGUGCCCCUGCCAGCGAGUCUCUUGACGCCUCCUAACAUUAAGGACACUGUUCUCUACUCUCCGUGGAACUGUCUAAUUAAUUCUCGUGUUGCAAGUGCAAUUGCUGAGGGAUGGAAUAACACGGAGGGCAGACAUUUUUACAAUCCAAACCAGCCAGUUCUGUUUGAGCCAAACCCCUUACCUGAUCACUGGAACCACAUGCAAAGAUCUUUCCUACCUGUCCCACUGAUCGUUUUGACCCCUCUGCAACCAGAUGAACCAGCGUGGAAAGAGUUUCAAAGCCUUCAGGGACACAUGGACAGAGAUGGUCGGGUUAUUAUUCCAUACUUGGUCCCAAUAGAUUGUGUACAGGCAUUAAGAGAGACGCCUUUUUUAUGUUCAUUUUUGCACUGUCCUACAUAUUAAUGAUCUAUAAGAAAACAGCCACUGUGCACCUGGCUGCCUGUUUGGUCAGAGGUCAAAGUGCACCAUUGCCAGACUACUGGAGAUCACAGUAUGCCUUCACAUGUGAUCAAACCGCUAUGACCGCGAGAAAUAGGCAUUUUAUGAGCCCUAGCUUAUUCAGAGCAUUUUGGGCAAUGUUUGACAGGAUUAGUAGAUAAAUCACUGCCAGCUCAAAAUAAACAUAAUUGUAUAAUUUCUGUCUAUUCCCAUAGGAUAUUCACUCCACUGAUUGAUGGUGAUGAUUUGGCAAAUAACAAAAAGUCCAAAACUGAUAAUACUGCCCUGCCCACUGUGUGAUUAUAGUUGUUUGUGGGUUUGGCCUAAUGAAAAUAAUAUUUCAUUCUCACGAUCAGGUGGGCUAAAGAGAAGGCAGAGGGAAAUAUACUCUUAUUUACCACCAGAAACUAAUGUUGUUAUGAAAACAU